AUGGCUCUCUUUGCCCCAGCCCCUCCUCCGGCCACGCGACUUGGUCGCCUGCGUAAUCUCUCUCCUCUUGCGUCGGUGACCGUCUCGCCGUUAUGCCUGGGAGGUAUGACUGUCGGUGAUCAGUGGGGCCAGUACGGGUAUGGUGCUCAGAAUAAGGAAACGAGCCUCAAACUCUUGGAUGCUUUCUUUGAUGCUGGAGGCAACUUCAUCGAUACGGCCAAUAACUAUCAGGAUGAGACCUCCGAGAAAUUCAUCGGGGAGUGGAUGGAGCAGCGUGGUAUCCGUGAUCAAGUCGUGAUCGCCACAAAGUACUCCACGAUGUACAAACGAGCACCGAACUCUCAGAUCAAGCAAAAGGCGCUGUACGGCGGGAACCACCUCAAGUCGAUGCACACCUCCGUAGAAGAGAGCUUGACGAAGCUACGGACGAGCUAUAUCGACAUUCUCUACGUUCAUUAUUGGGACUACAACACAUCUGUGGAAGAGGUCAUGAACGGCCUGCACAACCUCGUCGUGCAGGGUAAGGGUAUAUCUGACGCUCCUGCGUGGAUCGUCUCCAAGGCCAACCAAUAUGCCCGCGACCACGGAAAGACGCCAUUCGUCAUAUACCAAGGCGCGUGGAACGUCAUGCAGCGCGACUUCGAGCGAGAGAUCAUCCCGAUGGCACGGUUCGAGGGUCUUGCCCUGGCCCCGUGGAAUAUCCUGGCUGGUGGACACAUCCGCACAGACGAGGAAGAAGAGCGCCGCCGACAGACCGGUGAGAAAGGCCGGACGACCUGGCGUGGUGACUGGGAGCGGUCCGAGAAGGAGAAGGAGGUGUGCAAGGCGCUCGAGAAGGUCGCAGCGGAAGUAGGGGCGCAGCAUAUUCAAGCAGUCGCCAUCGCGUACUUGCUGCAGAAGACGCCCUACGUUUUCCCAAUCGUCGGCGUCCGUAAAGUAGAGCACCUGAUGGCGAACAUCGAGGCACUGAGCAUCGCGCUCUCUCCGGAGCAGAUCGCUUUCAUUGAGAGUAUCGUCCCAUUCGAUCUGGGGUUCCCGUCGAAUGUCAUUGGUACGGGCACGGAGAACAUGCGGUUCAUGUCGAUGGGAGGGACGUUCGAUAAGGCUCCUGUUCAGCAGCCGAUUCGGCCCGCUCCGUAG